UUUACUACACUAGCCUCCGCAUCGUCCGCCGCACCUUCGAUGACUGCCGCGCCGUCCGCUCCAUCCUCCGCGGUUUCCGCGUCGCAGUCGACGAGCGCGACGUCUCAAUCGACGAUAGAUUCCGCGACGAGCUCCAUGCGCUCCUCGGCGGCGGCCGCCGGAGCACCAUGCUCCUUCCGUGCGUGUUCGUCGGCGGCGUGUACGUUGGCGGCGCCGAGGACGUGCGGCGGUUAUACGAGAGCGGAGAACUUCAGCGAAUGAUCGAACGGCUGCCGAGGUCGCAGCCGUACGCGUGCGAAUUCUGUGGAGGGAUGAGAUUCGUGGUUUGCGACGAGUGUUUUGGGAGCCACAAGGUUUAUUCAAUGGAGAGUGGGCUUAGAAACUGCAACUCUUGCAACAUCAACGGCUUGAUUAGGUGCCCUGCAUGUUACUUCGUGCUCCCGCGACCCACCAAUUGUGGAAGUCUAGAUCACCGCAAGAUGAGUUAGUAAACAAUGGAGUUCAUUUUCAAGACACUUCUCAGUUUGGUCAAUUGACGAUGUCAAUAAAAUUCACACAGCGCUCCAAUCAUUUCAGCUAACUUCUGUUGAGCGUUUUCUUUUGUUUGGUAUUGUGAUUUCUAAUGUAUUAUAUAAACUUUAUUUAAAAUUAAGAUGCAGAUUAGAUAACGUGGUUAUGGAUGAGGGACUAUAUUAUUCCCUUAAAUUAGGUAUUGGGAAUUUAUUUUCCUUGUUUUAAAUUCUAAAUCUACUGGCACAUCCAUUGGAUUGCUUAUAA